AUACAAAAAAGAUGUGACCUUGGCGUGACGUAGAGCAACUUCACUCACGAAGGUGUCAGUUGCAUGCAUGGACAAUAUUUGCUUCAGACAUGUGGCGUACACGUCGAUCUCACCCCUGGACCCACUCUUUAAUACACAAUCAGAUCAGAGUAUUCGACUUAACAAAAUUUAUUUUACUGCCAAAUGCAUUUCUUCGGCACGAAAGGCAAACCUCCUCUUUAUGCCGGUAUAGCCGUCGUAUCCCUCAUGAUCCUCACUGGUUUAACUUUUGCCGGUACUGCCGUGACUCUAACCGUUAUGAUGCCGGUUUUGGUGGUUCUUAGUCCGAUUCUCGUACCGGCGGUAAUCACUUCGAGUUUCUUGGCAACGGGGUUCUUAGCUUCUGGUAGCCUCGGAGCAUCCGGGAUCGCCCUCCUCAUCUGGCUCUACAACAAAGAAGAGCAUUCCAGAGAUACUCUGCAUGCGCGAGGAGCUAGGCCUGAAGGGCCUAACAAGCUGGCAGAAAGUGGCAAGCAGUCAGGAGGAGAUAAUCUGUUGAAGGAAGAUAAGCCGCCAGAAAGAGACAAGUUGCCGAGAAGAGACAAGCCAUCAAAGGAAGACAAUAUGCUGAAAGGAGAUAAACUGGUCGAGGAGGACAAAUUGCGGGGAAAAGAUAAGCCGGCGGAGGAAGACAAACCACCACAAAAAGAUAAACCGGCAGAAGGAGAUAAGCCGGUGGAGGGAGACAAACCGCCACAAAAAGAUAAACCGGCAGAAGGGGAUAAGCCGGAUAAACCGGUGGAAGGAGAUAAGCCGGCGGAGGAAGACAAACCGCCACAAAAAGAUAAAUCGGCGGAAGGAGAAAAGCAUGUGGAAGAAGAUAUGUCUUUAGGAGGAGUUAAGCAAAUGUCAAUCCCUGAGAUAUCAAAGGUUAUGGUGGUGGAGAAAAUCCCAAUUGUCCUCAAGUGUUGCGGCCCAAAUACUUCUACUAAAAAGUGUCAUCAAUUUCGAUUCGCCAUGGAUGCUAGUACUAAAGCACGGUCUAUUUUUAUGAAAGAAUACCAAAAAGUCCCCCGUGUAGGAGCUUUUGCAUAUAAAUACUUUACUUCUCGUGACAAAAAGUACGUAAACCAGUUUCAUAUAUGACAUUUGGGACUUGGAAUACCAACAUCAUAUAAAGAGUCCAAACGAAAUUUAUCAUUUGGAAGGUAUUAAUACUACUACUAAACUAAUGUGUUUUUGUUUUGUCACCAAAUAAAUAUGCUGCUAUUAACAGGUGGAUGCUCUCAAUUUGUCA